UGGCGCAGCUGCGCGAUGACAGACCGCGCAUGGGUAGGCAUCCGUCACUUGUGAAAGUCGCGCACAGUUUAUUAACGGAUUCGUGAGAGGUUGCUUAAGAGCAGCGCAGCAACGUUUCGAAGACGGCAAGGAAAGGAGAGAAUAGAAGAGGAAGUCGAGUGUGCGAAAAAAACUGCCUCAUUUUAUCAUCAUUGCUUGACCUGGCUUCGACCUUCGGCGUGACAUAACCUUGCUGAGAUGUCUCAUGAUCACGCGGGUCACAUGAUGAAUGGAUCAACAGAUCACUCGUCCCACGGUGCACAUAUGGCUCAUAUGGAUCAUGGGAGCAUGAAUCAUGGAGGUAUGGACCAUGGAGGUAUGAAACAUGAAAGCAUGGACCACGGAAGCAUGGGUCAUGGGAGCAUGAGCCAUGGAAGCAUGAACCACGACGUCGGUGCCUCGACGAGCGACGCGUGCAGCAACAUGGGCAUGCACGGUAUGUCGAUGACGUUUCACACCGGCUACUGCGAGUCGGUGCUCUUCGAGAACUGGAAGGUCACGUCGAUCGGUAGCCUGGUCGGCUCGAUGAUCGGCAUCAUCAUCAUGGCUGCGCUGUACGAGGGCUUAAAGUACUAUCGAGAGUAUUUGUUCUGGAAAACGUACAACGCCUUGCAAUACAGGAGCGUCACGGUGCCCAGUGAGAAGAAUGUGGUAGCCGAGGACAAUCGAGUUGUUCAUAUGGUUGGCGAAGUAAUCCACAAGCAACCGCCGACUAUGCUGUCCUGGAUGCAUUUAUUCCAAACAUUUCUGCACAUCGUGCAGAUUGUCCUAUCUUACUUCUUGAUGCUAAUCUUCAUGACGUACAAUGUCUGGUUGUGCUGCGCCGUAGUAAUAGGUGCUGCUAUCGGUUAUUUCCUGUUUGGCUGGAAAAAGUCAGUGAUCGUAGAUGUUACGGAACAUUGUCAUUAACAUUCAAUAAGUUGCUCUAAUCUAUUAAUCGAGUGCAUUAUAUUUCGACGGAAAUCCGUCUAAAUGUAAAAGAAACAUCAAAAUUAAGAGCGCAUUGUAGCGUUUUGCGUACCAAACAAGAAUAUAACAAGACAAAUAAUUUGUUCGACAAAUAAUUUGUUUGACAAAUAAUUUGUUGUUCCAAAUUCACAAGCAAUGAAUAAUUGCAAGUAUAACAGAAUGCAGGAAACAAAUUAUUUAUUCUAGUUUCAUAAUUUAGCUUUUAAUCUUUAUAUUUUUUGUCUUAAAAAAA